GAUUUCUCGUGGGCUGGUUUUCUUCUCGCUGCCAGUUUCUGAGGAAAGCAAGGAGAAUAGAGAGACGGAGAAUAGAGAGAAAUUCGUGUAAUUUGAUAUUUUAUUUAUUGUUUUUUAUUCAUUUUCUCGUGCAUUUUUUCUUGGAUUUCUAGGAAAUAAAGGAGAGCAAGGAGAAGAGAAAGUCCUCUUUGAAGACAAUAUGUAGGUGCAAAUGUUACAUUUUCAAGUCCACUUUGUUCUUCUCAAAAGAAAGUAAAUCUUUUGAUGUAGAAGUUGUGCAUGUCCCUGUUCAAGUUGAAAAAGAUAUAAUCCAAUCUCCCCCCGUUGAUCCCACCAUUCUCACUGUGCUUCCACUGUGAGUCCACUUACGACGAAAACAUACAGAUAGUAUGGCCAAUCACAGUGUGCCAUCCACCAUAUCUUCUUCCGAGACUAGUGAUCUAGAUACUCUUGAUGUUUCUAUUGCCUUGAGAAAAGGUAGUGUGAUGCUUUGAAAUCCACUCAGUUCUUUGUGAGCAGAGCGAUGGAGGAGAGUAAAUCCCUAGUGAGGAGAUGGGAGGACAUGGAAAUCGAUAUUCUGGUGAGGAUAUUCAAGGAAUUUGAUGUCAUCGAGUUGACUUCGGGCAUUUCUCGGGUUUGCAGUUCGUGGCGCUUGGCUUGUUCAGAUCCAUUGCUUUGGAAAACCGUUGAUCUGGGGAUAUUGAAAUCAAAUUUCAUACAGAUUCCCACACUACCUUAUAUUUGGGUGGAUGAUAGAUCCAAUAAGAAGCUAACACGCGUGUUGAAGAUUGCAAUGGGCCUCAGCUGUGGAAGCGUGACUUGCAUCAUCUUCCAUGUCAAUCUGUACCUGAAGGAUGAUCACUUGAUCCACAUUGCUGAAAGGUGCCCGCGGCUCAAACACCUUGUUCUACCAGCUUGGGAUUUGAUCACAAAGGGCGGGAUCUGCGAGGCUAUCCGCAAAUGGGAAGAGCUCGAAUCCAUGACGAUGCCAUACAUCUGCUCUCCUCCUUACAUCAUGGAGGUGAUUGGCAUGAACUGCAAGAACUUCACCCAGCUGAAGGUCAUGGGCUGCUUCAAUGUCCUCUUCGCGUCGAGCAUUGCCAAGUACCUCCCGAAGCUCAAGGUCCUGAGCCUCCGGUGCUCCACACUCUUCAUGGAGGCCCUCAUCCUCAUCUUGGACUGCAUGGAGCAUCUUGAAGUGCUCAACGUGGCCCACUGCCUCUUCAUCGAGGACCUCCCGCCCCCUGCGUCCAGGAGGAUCAUCAGGGAGCUCAACGAAGCGAUCAUCGAGAAGGCAAAGGCCUCCCGGUUACGGACCUUCUUCUACUGCCAUAAGGAGUCAUGCGUCUUGUGCCAGAGGAUGGUAAAUGACAAUGGCAGCAUGAGAUGGUUCAAGUAUGAGGAGGGGUCAUGGCGCAAUGACGAGGUAAGCUCUCUUGCAUACUAAGGCCCCUGUUUAGAUGGGCAGCAUAGAAAUCUGCUCAGAUGGUCCUUUAUCUAUUUCAUGUCAAGCGGGAGAUGAAAAGGAAAGAAAUUUGGAAAUCAGCCUAUUUUAGUUCUCACCGUACACACCAAAUAUCAAUGAACCAAACACCCAAACACCAACUUUCGGAUUCCUAGAAUCCAACGAAAACAGGAUUUAGCGCUCUGUCCAAACAGGUGCUAUAGACUAAUGAUAUAGUUGUUGUUGCUGUUGCUGUUGUUGUUGUUGUUGCUGUUGCUGCUGCUGCUGUUGUUGUUAUUAUGUCUUUGGCACUUGUCAGAACAUAGGACUAAGGUCGAUUUUUGUUUCUGAGUAAAAUGGGAUUUGGCAGGAGGCAUUUGUGAAAUGAAACUGUUUCUCAUAGUUCAGUAAUAAGACGAGGUGAAAUGAUUUUCUGAGCA